AUGGACAGGAGGGAACAGUUAACCUUGACCUUCUACAUUCCUAAUGUCCCCACAGUGAAGGGGGACCGGAAAUACCAAAAGCCCACCCUCCCAAUAGACAAACAACUGAGUUCCUCCCAGAAGCGGCAGCUAUAUAUCAAUCAGACUCGGAUCUACAUUCGAAUGUUCUGUGGCAGUCUCUGUGGCUUUAGCCUCCUGAUGCUGAUCUCCACAUCCCCACUGAACUGGGUGCAGUUUCUGGUGACCAGGAGUGGAAUGGAAUUCUACGCAGGACUCUGGACCUUAUGCAACCAUGAGCUGUGCUGGGACAACACACCCAAGCCACCCUAUUAUCUCCAGUAUUCCAGAAUCUUCUACAUCAUCUCUAUUCUCACCAUACUUGUUACCCUCACCAUACUUCUCAACUCUUGCCUUCCUGAAAAAGAAAACGUGACCAGAAACUUCGAUCUGAAGGUAUCCAUGCUCAGCUUCAUCGCAGCCAUCUUCUUGUUCCUCUGCCUCUACAUGUUCCUGGCACAGAUUCACUGGCAUACUAGGAAUGUCAUGGAGUCAUCUUUCCUAUGGUCCUAUCAUAUGAACUGGUGGUGUGACUUCUUAUACAUGUGUUCUGGGAUCCUUUCUUUUCUCAAUUAUAUAACUUUCAAAUCUGUUCCCGUUGGUCUAAAUGUCACUGUUACUCCAGUGGAGAGGUCAAGAUUGGGGUUUGGUCCAACAACAACAAUAUGGCCUGCUGAAGAUGAAAUGUAA